GCGCAGCGUCGUGGGAGCUGCUGCCGCCGGGAGCGGGGGUGCGGGGAGGAGCCGGGCUGUGCCGUGGGGGAGCGGAGCCGCCUCCCGCCGCCGUGUCCGAGGGGUGCUGACCCGGGGGCCCUCCAUGGGAGCCUUCCCCCGACGGAUUUAGGCUCCGCCCGUGGCGUACCCCAAGCCCACGAACAUGGCCCGUGUCUCCGACCCGGAGGAAGGACCUGGCGGGGGACACAGCGAAUUCAGCGAUAUUAUUAAGUCGAGAUCAGAUGAACACAAUGACGUACAGAAAAAGACCUUUACAAAAUGGAUAAAUGCUCGCUUUUCCAAGAGUGGGAAGCCCCCAGUUAAGGACAUGUUCACAGAUCUGAAAGAUGGAAGGAAACUUUUGGACCUUUUGGAGGGUCUGACAGGGAAACCUCUGCCUAAAGAACGAGGUUCCACACGAGUACAUGCCUUAAAUAACGUCAACCGAGUACUGCAAGUCUUGCAUCAAAACAACGUGGAAUUGGUGAAUAUUGGAGGAACUGACAUCGUUGAUGGAAAUCACAAGCUGACGCUGGGGCUGCUGUGGAGCAUUAUCUUGCACUGGCAGGUGAAGGAUGUCAUGAAGAACAUCAUGUCAGAUUUGCAGCAGACAAACAGUGAGAAGAUACUGCUGAGCUGGGUUCGGCAGUCCACGAGACCUUACAGUCAGGUCAACGUUUUGAACUUCACCACUAGCUGGGCUGAUGGACUUGCCUUCAAUGCUGUCAUCCACAGGCACAAACCGGAGCUGUUCAGCUGGGACAAAGUUUUAAAGAUGGCCCCUGUUGAGAGACUGGAAAAUGCUUUCAACAUAGCGAAGAACCACUUGGGAAUUGAAAAACUGUUAGAUCCUGAAGAUGUUGCUGUACAACUUCCAGACAAAAAAUCUAUUAUUAUGUAUUUAACCUCUUUGUUUGAGGUCCUUCCUAAGCAAGUCACAAUGGAAGACAUUCGGGAGGUGGAAACUCUUCCAAGGAGAUAUAAGCAGGAAUGUGAGGAUGGAGAGUUCAACAUGCAGCAGACUGUAGCACUUGAAGAGGACCAGGACAGUUCUAGAGCAGAGACUCCCAGCACAGUGACAGAGGUGGAUAUGGACUUGGAUAGCUACCAAGUUGCUCUGGAAGAAGUUCUUACAUGGUUGCUGUCAGCUGAGGAUGCAUUUCGGGAACAGGAGGAAAUAUCUGGUGAUGUUGAGGAAGUCAAAGAACAAUUUUCUACCCAUGAAAGUUUUAUGAUGGAACUGACUGCACACCAGAGCAGUGUUGGCAAUGUUCUGCAGGCUGGAAACCAACUGGUGGCCCAGGGAAAUCUGUCACCUGAAGAGGAGUUUGAGAUUCAGGAACAAAUGCUACUGCUGAACUCCCGUUGGGAGGAACUCAGGGUGGAGAGCAUGGACAGGCAGUCCCGCCUGCAUGACGUGCUGAUGGAGCUCCAGAAGCAGCAGUUGCAGCAUCUGUCUGACUGGCUGACAGUCACAGAAGAACGCAUUCAGAAGCUGGAAUCUCAGCUCUUAGCGGAAGAUUUGGUGUCCCUUCAAAAACAGCUGGAAGAACAUAAGAGCCUGCAGAGUGAUCUAGAGGCAGAACAGGUGAAGGUAAACUCCCUAACACGCAUGGUUGUCAUUGUCGAUGAAAGCAGUGGGGAAAGUGCAACAGCUAUUCUGGAGGAACAGUUGGAGAGGCUUGCUGAGCGGUGGACAGCAGUUUGUCGUUGGACUGAGGAUCGACGGGUCAAGCUGCAAGAAAUUCAGCUUUUAUGGCAGGAGUUGCUGGAAGAACAGUGCUUAUUGAAAGCUUGGUUAACUGAGAAAGAAGAGGCUUUGAGUAAGGUCCAGACAAGCAACUUUAAAGAUCAAACAGACCUGAGUGUGAAUGUUCGAAAACUAGCAAUUUUGAAAGAGGACAUGGGUAUGAAACGUCAAACACUAGACCAGCUGAACGAGCUAGGUCAAGAUGUGGCCCAGAUCCUUGGGAAUGGCAGAGCAUCCAGCAAAAUUGAUCAGGAUCAAGAAGAACUAACUCAGAGGUGGGACAGUUUGGUUCAGAAGCUAGAGGAUUACUCUAACCAGGUAACUCAAGCUGUAAGAAGUGUAGGGAUGUCACAGGUUUCACAGAAGACUGCUGCAGAAGCAACGCCAUUGAAGGAACAGUCCAGACAGGAGUUGCCCCCGCCACCACUCCCAAGGAAGAGGCAAAUUCCAGGGGACAGUGAAGCAAAGAAGAAGUUUGAUGCUGAAAGUGCGGAGCUCUUGAACUGGAUUUCAAGAUCAAAAUCUGCCAUUCAGGCAACAGACAUCAAAGAAUACAAGAAGAUGAGAGAAACUUCAAGCAUGAAAGAAAAGUUGAAGGUGAUUGAACAAGAAAGAGUUGAAAAAAGCCAAAAGUUAGAUGAACUGAAACAAAGUGGACAUGUUCUUUUGGAUCAAAUGGGAAAGGAAGGACUUCCUACAGUGGAUAUAAAAGCUAUGAUGGAGAAAAUAUUGUCAGCGUGGAAAGAUAUGGUUCAAAAUCUAGAAGAAGCGGCCAGAAAGAUAAAGUACCAGGAAGAAAUAAAUGCUUAUUUGAAGGAAAUAAAUGAACUUGAGAAGACUUUAAUUGAGAAGGAUGACUGGCUUAAAAAUGAUGCCUCUUCAGCAUCCCAACCCUCAUCAGUCCUGAAAGACUUAUGUCAGCGGGAGUUAACGCAUCUUGUAAGCCUGAGUCCACGGCUGGAACAUCUGAAAGCCACCUGCAAGGCACUCACCUCUCAACCCAUGCCUUCAAAUUUCAUUCAGGAGAACCUGAAUGGUUUUCUUGAUCACUUCAAAUUGACUCGUCAGAAACUAGAGGAACGUCACCAACAGCUGAAAGAAGAGACUGAAAGCCAGCCGAGCCAGGAGUACGUGGAGUCCCUGCAGCGGCUGAAGGACACGCUGAGUGAUCUAGAGGGCAAGCAGCAGUCCAUUGCCAGUGAACUGAGCGAACCCAGUAAAGUUGAGAAGGCCCUGCAGCAGGCAAAGGCACUUUGUGAGACACUGGAAGCGCAGAAGCCCAAGGUAGAUAAACUUGCUGAAGAAACAAAAGCUUUGGAGGAACAUGCUGCUUCGGAUAUAAAAAACAUCUAUGCUCAGGAGUUCAAACAUCUACAGGGACAGUGGGAUAAGUUAAAGCUCAAGAUUUCCAAAGAUGUUAAACUACUGGAGGGAAUUACAUCCAAGCUGAGAAUAUUUGAGACUGAUGCAAAAGUUGUUCAGAAGUGGAUGGAUGGUGUUAAAGACUUUUUAAUGACAGAAAAGGCUGUUCAAGGGGAUACUGAAGGACUUCAAAGGCAACUUGACCAGUGCACAUUGUUUGUCAAUGAAAUGGAGACAAUUGAACCAUCACUGAAAGAGAUGAAAGAAGUAGAAGCUGCUUUAAGAGCUCAACCUAUUGCAAGCAUAAAUACUUGGACAAAGUCUAGGCUAGUAGACUGCCAAACUCGAUGGGAGAAACUGAGCAAACAGAUCAUUAGUCAGAAAAAUCGCCUGUCUGAAAGUCAGGAAAAAGCUGUAAAUCUGAAGAAGGAUUUGGCAGAGAUGCAAGAGUGGAUGACCCAAGCUGAAGAAGAAUAUUUGGAAAAAGAUUUUGAAUACAAGUCUCCUGAAGAGCUAGAGAAUGCGGUAGAGGAGAUGAAGAGAGCGAAGGAGGAUGUGUUGCAGAAGGAGGUGCGGGUGAAGAUUCUCAAAGACAACAUCAAGAUGCUGGCCACCAAAGUGCCCUCUAGUGGUCAGGACCUGGCAACUGAGUUGAACGUUGUGCUGGAGAACUACCAGCUACUGUGCAAUCGGAUCCGGGGGAAGUGCCACACGCUGGAGGAGGUGUGGUCCUGUUGGAUUGAGCUGCUGCAGUAUCUUGAUUUAGAAACAGCUUGGCUAAACAAUCUGGAAGAAAGGGUGCAAAUGACAGGAAAUCUGCCUGAUAAGUUGGAUGCUGUCAAUGAUGCUCUUGAGUCCCUGGAAUCAGUGUUGCGUCAUCCAGCUGAUAAUCGAACUCAGAUUCGGGAACUUGGGCAGACAUUGAUCGAUGGAGGAAUUCUUGAUGACAUCAUCAGUGACAAAUUGGAAGCUUUCAAUGCCCGCUAUGAGGAAUUGAGUCACUUGGCGGUGAACCGGCAGAUCACUUUGGAACAACAGCUUCAGACCAUGCGAGAAACCGAUCACAUGUUACAUGUCUUGCAAGAAAACUUAACAGACCUGGAUAGACAGCUGACAUCUUACCUGACUGAUAGGAUAGACGCCUUUCAGAUGCCUCAGGAGGCCCAGAAAAUUCAAGCUGAGAUUGCAGCUCAUGAAUCCACCUUAGAGGAGCUCAAGAAAAGUUCUCGCUCUUUCCCUCCUGCUUCUCCUGAGUGCAGGUCUCCCCGUGGUGGAACUCAGCUGGAUGCUUUGCAGAGAAAGCUCCGUGAAGUAUGUACAAAGUAUCAGCUUUUCCAGAAACCAGCUAAUUUUGAGCAGCGCAUGUUGGAUUGCAAGCGGGUGUUGGAUGGGGUAAAAGCAGAACUUCAUGUCUUGGAUGUUAAGGAUACUGACCCAGAUGUAAUCCAAGCUCACCUGGAAAAGUGUAUGAAACUCUAUAAGACCUUGAGUGAGGUGAAAUUGGAGGUUGAAACUGUCAUCAAGACAGGACGGCAGAUUGUACAGAAACAACAGACAGAUAAUCCCAAAGGGAUGGAUGAACAACUGACAGCAUUGAAAUUUCUUUACAAUGACUUGGGGGCACAGGUAAGAAAUGUGCUGAGAGAGCUGGAGAGGAGGAAAGUUGAUCUGAAGAGCAUCACAGAAAGUUGCACUGCUCUCCAGUCUCUGGUGGAAGGGAGUGAGACUGUCCUGGAGGAGAAGCUGUGUGUUCUUAAUGCUGGCUGGAGCAGAGUUCGAACCUGGACUGAGGACUGGUGUGAAACCUUGUUGAAUCAUCAGAGCCAGCUGGAAAUUUUUGAUGAAAAUGUUGCCCACAUAAGUACUUGGUUGUAUCAGGCUGAAGCCUUGCUGGAUGAGAUUGAGAAAAAGUCAGCUAGCAAAAAGGAAGAAACUGUGAAGCGCUUAGCAUCUGAAUUAGAUGACGUUAGCCUUCGAGUGGAUAAUGUACGUGAUCAGGCUAUCAUCCUAAUGAAUGGUCGGGGGGUGUCGUGCCAUGAACUUGUUGAACCCAAACUGGCAGAACUGAACCGUAACUUUGAGAAGGUCUCUCAGCACAUCAAAAGUGCCAAGAUGCUUCUUGGACAAGAACGACUUCCUGUUGUGUCAGAGCCCCACGAAGUUAAAGUGGCUUUUACAGACCUGGAAAAAUUUGAGAGUGACUUACAGAAUGUGUUAAAAGUUGUGGAAAAGCAUGUGGAAUUGAGUGGGGAAGAUGAUAAGCUGGAUCAAGAAAGAGCUCAGAUUGAAGAAGUCUUGCAGAGAGGAGGGCAGUUGCUACAGCAGCCCAUGGAGGACCAUAAGAGAGAGAAGAUCCGCAUACAGCUGUUGCUUUUGCAGAAAAAGUACAAGAGUGUGCAGGAGUACAGGUCAUUUCAAAGGAAGCAGGUGGUGGAACUCUCUCCGGUGUUUUCACAGUAUAAAAAGGAACAUGACAAUCUAAUGAAGUGGCUGGAUGAGGCUGAGGGUCGUCUGCCACAGGGUGUGGAAGAUGAACAAAAACUACAGGCAACCCCUGUCCAUCAGAGGUUAAAAGGCCAGUUUGCCACAGGGGUUAGGACCUUGCCUUUUUCAGCUGAGUACUUGGUUGAAAUCAACAAAGUUUUGCUGGCCAUGGCUGAUGUUGAACUUUUGCUGAAUGCACCAGAGCUAAAUACUGGCAUCUAUGAGGAUUUUUCAUCUCAAGAAGAUGCACUGAAGAACGUAAAAGAUAUUUUGGAUAAACUUGGGGAUCAAAUUGCAGUCAUACAUGAGAAGCAGCCUGAUGUUAUAUUAGAAGCAUCUGGACCUGAGGCAAUACAAAUAGGAGAUGCACUAACUCAGCUGAAUGCGGAAUGGGAUAGAAUUAAUAGAAUGUACAAUGAUCGUAAGUGUUGCUUUGACAGAGCGAUUGAGGCAUGGAGGCAGUUCCACUGUGAUCUCAAUGAUCUCUCCCACUGGAUAACAGAAGCUGAAGCGUUACUAGCUGAUGCCCGUGGUCCGGAUGGCAGCCUGGAGCUGCAGACAGCUGGGCUGCAUCAGCAGGAACUUGAAGAGGGAGUCAGCAGUCAUCAGAGCAGUGUUUCAGCAUUGAACAGAACUGGGGAAGGGAUCAUAGAGAAACUGUCUGCUACAGAUGGGAGCUUCCUAAAGGAUAAACUGGCAGGAUUGAAUAGACGCUGGAAAGCAAUCACCACGGAGGUCAUGGAUAGACAACAGAGGCUAAAAGGAGAGAAUCAGCAGCUGAUAGAGUACAGAAAGAAGCUUGAUGAGCUGCGUUACUGGUUGGAAAAUGUAGAAAAUGCUCUGGACACAAGAUUUACAUUCAACCAUGGAGAAAACUUGCAAGAAUUGAAGGUCUUAAGUGAAGAGAUGGAAGCACAGGGUGACAAACUGGAAUGGCUGAACAGAACUGAACCUGAAGUGCUUUUGGAUAAAAAUGUUGAUCUUCAGGAAAAAGACAAACUUUCUGGUUGCCUGCAGUCCCUCAAUGUGAGGUGGAACAAGGUGCUCAGAGAAGUGCCUGACAGAGUGAGAGAACUUGAGGCAUUUGUUGGGCAGUCUCGUCUUGUUACACAGACAAAAUCUUCUGAUAUCCAAAAGGUGGUGCUAGCAUCUUCUUCGUUGGAAAUUCCUGUUCAGACGCAGCAGGCUUUGGAACUUUCUGCACCUGCUGAUCUGGACAAAACUAGAAGUGAGCUGGCUGACUGGUUGGUAUUGAUUGACCAGAUGCUCAAGUCAAACAUAGUCACUGUGGGAAAUACUGAAGAAAUCAAUCGGACUAUUGCACAAAUGAAAGUAACAAAUGCAGAUAUGGACUAUCGUCACCCUCAGCUUGAUUCUGUUUUUACAUUGGCUCAGAAUUUGAAAAAUAAAACUUCCAGUGCAGACAUUAGAACAGAGAUCACAGAAAAAAUGGAGAAGCUGAAGAACCAGUGGGACAAUACCCAGCAUGGCGUGGAAAGGCGGCAGCAGCAACUGAAGCAUAUGCUGGUGGACAGCGUGCAGUGGCAUGAACAGAGGCAAGAAAUGGAGCACCUCAUGGAGCAGUGUGAGAUCCGUCUGCGCAUGCUCCUGCAGGCCCCGAAAGAGGUGCUCGCCAGACAGAUUUCAGAGAGCAAACUUUUAGUACAGGAUUUGCAUAGAGGUGACAUCACGGUAGCAGCAUUCAAUGAUCUUUCUAAUAAAUUACUUCGAGAGUAUCGUGAUGAUGACUCAAGGAAAGUGAAGGAAACCACUGACCAAAUGAACGCUUGUUGGGUUAAUCUGAACCAAAGAGCUGUUGAUAGGCAGAAUUUCUUGGAGACAGAGCUGAAGACGGUACAGGCCUCACACAAGGAUCUGGAAAGCUUCCUCAAGUGGCUUCAAGAGGCAGAGACAACAGUUAAUGUUCUGGCAGAUGCAUCCCAGCGUGAGAACACUGCUCAGGAUAGUGCCUGCAUAAGGGAACUCAGAAAGCAGAUGCAGGACAUCCAAGCUGAGAUUGAUGCCCACAAUGACAUCUUCAAAAGCAUUGAUGGAAACAGACAGAAGAUGGUGAAAGCCUUGGGGAACUCUGAGGAAGCUGCUCUGCUCCAGCACCGGCUUGAUGACAUGAACCAGCGCUGGAAUGACCUGAAGGCGAAGUCAGCUAACAUCAGGGCUCACUUGGAGGCCAGUGCAGAGAAAUGGAACAGAUUGCUGACAUCCCUGGAAGAGUUAAUCAAAUGGCUCAAUGCGAAAGAUGAAGAACUGAAAAAGCAAAUGCCUGUUGGAGGGGAUGUUCCAACCUUACAGCAGCAGUAUGACCACUGCAAAGCACUGAGGCGUGAACUGAAGGAUAAAGAGCAAGCCAUUCACAAUGCUGUGGAUCAGGCACGAGUUUUCCUUGCUGACCAACCAAUUGAGGGACCUGAGGAACCAAGAAGGAGCUUGCAUUCAAAAACAGAAUUGACCCCCGAGGAGAAAGCCAUGAGAAUUGCCAAAGCUAUGCGUAAACAGUCAUCAGAGGUAAAAGAGAAGUGGGAGAACCUAAAUGCCAGCGCCAGUAUCUGGCAGAAGCAAGUGGACAAAGCAUUAGAAAAACUGAAAGACCUGCAGUGUGCCAUGGAUGACCUCGAUGCUGAUUUGAAGGAGGCCGAAAAUGUGAGGAAUGGCUGGAAACCUGUAGGAGACUUGCUCAUAGAUUCGUUACCAGAUCACAUUGAGAAAACUACAGCUUUUAGAGAAGAAAUUGCUCCCAUCAACUUAAAAGUUAAAACAGUGAAUGAUUUGUCCAGUCAACUGUCUCCACUUGACCUUUAUCCAUCUUUAAAGAUGUCUCGUCAACUGGAUGAUCUUAAUAUGCGUUGGAAACUUUUGCAGGUGUCUGUAGAGGAUCGCCUUAAGCAGUUACAGGAGGCACACCGAGAUUUUGGACCUGCAUCACAGCACUUUCUUUCCACCUCAGUACAGUUUCCAUGGCAGAGAUCUGUUUCACAUAACAAAGUGCCCUAUUAUAUCAAUCAUGAGACACAGACAACUUGUUGGGAUCAUCCUAAAAUGACUGAUCUGUUCCAGUCCUUAGCUGACUUGAACAACGUACGAUUCUCUGCCUACCGUACAGCCAUCAAAAUCCGGAGACUGCAGAAGGCACUGUGCUUGGACCUAUUGGACCUGAACACAACAAGUGAAGUUUUCAAACAGCAGAAGUUAAGUCAAAAUGACCAGCUGAUUGGUGUACAGGAUGUGAUCAGCUGUCUUACUGCUAUCUACAGUGGACUUGAAGAGAAACACAAAGAUAUGGUGAAUGUUCCACUCUGUGUAGACAUGUGUCUUAACUGGCUACUCAACGUGUAUGAUAGUGGCCGAACUGGAAAAAUUCGAGUGCAGUCCCUGAAAAUUGGCUUGAUGUCUCUUUCUAAGGGCCUUCUGGAAGAGAAGUACAGAUACCUCUUCAAGGAGGUGGCUGGCCCUACGGAAAUGUGUGAUCAGAGGCAGCUGGGCCUUCUGCUUCACGAUGCUAUCCAGAUCCCACGACAGCUUGGUGAAGUGGCAGCCUUUGGUGGGAGCAACAUUGAACCCAGUGUGCGCAGCUGCUUCCAACAGAAUCAUAAUAAGCCAGAAAUAACUGUAAAGCAAUUUAUAGAUUGGAUGCGCUUAGAACCACAGUCUAUGGUGUGGCUACCAGUUCUACACCGCGUGGCAGCUGCAGAAACAGCAAAACAUCAGGCCAAGUGCAACAUCUGUAAAGAGUGUCCAAUUGUCGGAUUUAGGUAUCGGAGCUUAAAACAUUUCAACUAUGAUGUCUGUCAGAGCUGUUUCUUUUCUGGCCGUACAGCAAAGGGGCAUAAAUUGCAUUACCCAAUGGUGGAGUAUUGUAUACCUACAACAUCUGGGGAAGAUGUACGAGACUUCACAAAGGUGCUGAAGAAUAAGUUCCGAUCAAAGAAGUAUUUUGCGAAGCAUCCCCGACUUGGCUACUUACCUGUGCAAACAGUAUUGGAGGGUGACAACCUGGAGACUCCUAUCACUCUCAUCAGUAUGUGGCCAGAGCAAUAUGAUCCUUCCCAGUCUCCACAGCUGUUUCAUGAUGACACACACUCCAGGAUAGAGCAGUAUGCUACUAGGCUUGCGCAGAUGGAAAGGACCAAUGGCUCCUUCCUCAUGGACAGCAGUUCCACCACAGGAAGUGUAGAGGAUGAACAUGCCCUUAUCCAGCAGUAUUGUCAGACGCUGGGAGGAGAGUCACCUGUGAGUCAGCCACAGAGUCCUGCUCAGAUACUUAAAUCAGUGGAGAAGGAAGAGCGAGGAGAAUUGGAGCGUAUCAUUGCUGACCUUGAGGAAGAGCAAAGGAGUCUGCAGAUAGAAUAUGAGCAACUAAAGGAGCAACAUCUUCGGAGAGGAAUAAACCCUCUUGCAUCACCUCCUGAUUCUGUUGUGUUACCUCAGCAUGCUUCUGAAGAUGCCGAGCUCAUUGCUGAAGCUAAACUCCUGAGGCAACAUAAAGGUCGCCUGGAAGCAAGGAUGCAGAUAUUGGAAGAUCACAAUAAACAAUUGGAGUCUCAGCUUCACCGGCUACGGCAGCUACUUGAGCAGCCCGAGUCAGACUCCCGGGUUAAUGGCUCCUCUCCCUGUGCUUCGCCCCAGCACUCUGCCCUCGGCUACUCACUUGAGCAGGACACAAGCUCACAGUUUCAUCAGACAGAUGACUUGUUAGUUCCACCUCAUGAUACCAACACAGAUCUAACAGAUGUUAUGGAGCAAAUCAACAACACAUUUCCAGCUUGCUGCUCAAGUUUCACUGGCAGACCACAGGCAAUGUGAAGUGUUCAUUUGGACGUCAACCAGUGCUUCCUGAUGUGCAGAACAGCCCUUUUCUACAAACUGCCAACCGCGAGUUCCACUUCAUCAGAAGGCUGCAUGGGACCCUGGAACAUGCUGUUUGCUCUGACUGCGUGUUCGACUUGAAAUAGUAAAACACUGAAUACCCAAAGAUGAGGAUGUUGUUUUUAUAGUAUCUUUUUUUUUCCUUCUUCCCUCUCUAUGCAACUGUAAAUUAAUGAGCAGUGGAAUAUUUGUCACUGAUUUGUAUAAAUAUACAGCCAGGGAAAAAAGGGGCAGGGGCUUUAUAUACGUUCUUUUUGAUAAUCGUAAAGAGAACUGCAUAAGGAGUUUGGAGCAAAAUGUUACGUUUAUACAUUCCUUUCAGCUCUUUGCUUUUGCAUUGUAAAGUUCUCUUAGUUAAAUUCUCACACAUGUAAUAUUCUGUACUGAUUAUUUAUAUGCUAACCAUGUGACCACACAGAUUUCAGAAAAUAUCCUUGUAUUAUUUUCAGCAUUGACAUAUGAAGUUCCCAUAAUCUGCAUUAUUUUUACUGGUUAACAAAAACUGCCUUUGAAUGCAAGCUACAGUAUUUUAAUUCAAUUAAACAAGGUAAACUCUCAUUUCAAGUCAUAAUCAUCAUUCUUGUGUACCGAAAUGGUAUUUUAACUUUCUUUUAGUUACUUUCAGCCAACACACUCCAUACGGAGGAUUAUUUUUUUAAGCCUUACUUUACUUUUAAUCAGGAGAUAGCUAAAAAGAGGACUUAGAUGAUAGCUUAAGUUGGUUUUAGUAAGAUCUAAGUUAGUGUAAUCUUUCCCAAAUUUGUUCAGAGAUAAAGCUUUGCUGUUCCCUGCUGUGCCAAACUUGCUUCAAGUUUUGGAAUUUACAGUCUAUGAAGUAAAGCUCAUUUCUGUGAGAUACCCUUCUUUUGUCUGCCUCUUGUAAAUGAAGAGACAUUUAGAAAGCCCUUUCCAAUACUAUUAGCAAUGGAACUUUCUCCAAAACUGCAAUGCACUUAGAUAUUAUCAUUUGGCAUUGUAAUCUUGCAGAUCAUCCUUAUCUUUGAAAUCAUUUAUUUAUGUACUUUUGGUAAGGAUAAUUAUGGGAAAGUUAUGUCACUGAUCAGCUGAUCUCUAGUUUUAAAAUUAUCCUAAGUGAUUUUAAUGCCUUCACAGUUUACAAUGCUGCAUGGACACUUGCUUUAAUUCCAGGACAUACCUUUAAUUGGUAAAACUGCAUGCAAUAUCUUUCAUGUUUAGUAGAGAGAAACAAAACUGUGUUGUUCUUAAGUAUUGAAGGAAAAAGAAAACUAUCUCAAAAUGGUGUUGAAAGAGUUGUAAAUUCUCUACUGCUACUGAAAAAUGCUAGAGGACAUUAAAACGGCAGGUCAGGAGUUUCUAGUGUUUUUGUGAAGUUUUGCCAACUAGACUGUCCUGUACCCACAGUAUUCACUCCUAGACUGCUGCUGCUCAAGGAGUGAGGCACAGUGUUGACCACCCUCUAGUGUUGGCACCAGUGCCAGUUCUUUCUGAACCCUUUCACAAAUUAUUUAACCACUCUGCCUCUGUUUUCCCAUCUGUAAAAUGGGGAUGAUAGUACUUAACUCCCAAAGGUGAUGUAGGACUUGCUUAGUUAGUGUCUGAAAAGCUCAGUAGAAAUGCUAAAUAUUACUCUCAAGUGAGUGGAGCAAAAUUGUCAAGGUGGGAAGAGAAGAAUCUGGCUCCUAUAAAUGCUUCAGUUAUUAAAAUGUAGUGUAGUUAUUCUGAAAAGAAAAAACCCCACAUUUUACAGAAGAGGAAAGCCAUGACCACCUUUCUACCUCAGACCUAUCUUCAUAAGUAGUAUUGGAAAUAGCUUUAUAUUCUGUUCUCUGCAAAGUACUUUUUUUUUAUCAAGCUACAUUAUUCUCUAGGCAAAGAAUCCU